AUGUCUCUAGAGCCUGAAGUUCCCAUUGUGCAAAUCGAAGAAGUCAAAGAAAAUCCUGUUUUAUACAAAAUAAUUUCAAGUGACAAUCACGUUUUCACAAUAAGUGAGCAUGCAGUUAAACUAUCAAAAACUCUCUGGGAUCUCAUUACAAAUCUUGGAUUGACUGCCGAAAACGCAUUGGAUAACCCGAUUCCAGUUGAGAAUGUCAACGGGAGGAAUAUGGAAAGAAUUGUCCAAUUCUGCGAACGCCACAAAUAUGAUGAGGAGGAACAGGCAUAUACGAACUUUAUAAGAGAGUUUGUCGUUCCGGAAUGGGAUCGACAACUGCUGAGUAUCGAUAAUGAGGAACUUUUUCAAUUGAUUCUGGCAACCAAUUAUCUCGAUAUUCCAAAACUAAUGGACUAUUGCUGCAGAGUUAUUGGUGAUAUGGCGAAAGAGAAAACUCCAGAAGAGCUGAGAAUUAUUUAUGGAAUUCCGACUGACGCAGAAGAUGACGCACUGGAAAGAUCUGCUUCCGAUUCACCAGGACCAUCAGGAUAA